GGGCAGCAGCUGCAGGAGAAGGAGCGGGAGGAGCUGGAGAUGCUGCCAACCCUCCCGGGCUGCGCUCGCUUUGCCGCUGCCGCUGCACGGAGCAGCCGCGCCGGGGGCCCAGAGCGCCGCGCUCGCAGCCGGUAGCGCCGGGGGCGCUCGCUCCGGGGCCGCGCAGCCCGAGACCGGACCGCGGAAAGGGGGCGAGGGCGGCGCCCCAGCGUGCACAGGCAGCAUGAGCAUCGAGAUUCCCGCGGGGCUCACGGAGCUGCUGCAGGGCUUCACGGUGGAGGUGCUGAGGCACCAGCCCGCCGACCUGCUGGAGUUCGCGCUGCAGCACUUCACGCGGCUGCAGCAGGAGAACGAACGCAAGGGCGCCGCACGCUUCGGUCAUGAGGGCAGGACCUGGGGGGACGCGGGCGCCGCCGUCGGGGGCGGCACCCCCAGUAAGGGUGUCAACUUCGCCGAGGAGCCCAUGCGCUCUGACUCCGAGAACGGCGAGGAGGAGGAGGAGGCCGCGGAAGCAGGGGCGUUCAACGCUCCAGUUAUAAACCGGUUCACAAGGCGUGCCUCAGUUUGUGCAGAAGCUUAUAAUCCUGAUGAAGAAGAAGAUGAUGCAGAGUCCAGGAUAAUACAUCCCAAAACUGAUGAUCAGAGAAGCAGAUUGCAAGAGGCUUGCAAAGAUAUCCUGCUGUUUAAGAACCUGGAUCCAGAGCAGAUGUCUCAAGUGUUAGAUGCCAUGUUUGAAAAAUUGGUCAAAGAAGGGGAGCAUGUAAUUGAUCAAGGUGAUGAUGGUGACAACUUUUACGUCAUUGAUAGAGGAACAUUUGAUAUUUAUGUAAAAUGUGAUGGUGUUGGAAGAUGCGUUGGUAACUAUGAUAAUCGUGGGAGUUUUGGAGAACUGGCCUUAAUGUACAAUACACCCAGAGCAGCUACAAUCACUGCUACCUCUCCUGGUGCUCUGUGGGGUUUGGACAGGGUAACUUUCAGGAGAAUAAUUGUAAAAAACAAUGCCAAAAAGAGAAAGAUGUAUGAAAGCUUUAUUGAGUCACUGCCGUUCCUCAAGUCUCUGGAGGUCUCUGAACGCCUGAAGGUGGUAGAUGUGAUCGGCACCAAAGUUUACAAUGAUGGAGAACAGAUCAUUGCUCAGGGAGAUUUGGCAGAUUCUUUUUUCAUUGUAGAAUCUGGAGAAGUGAAAAUUACUAUGAAAAGAAAGGGUAAAUCAGAAGUGGAAGAGAAUGGUGCCGUGGAAAUUGCUCGGUGUUUUCGGGGACAGUACUUUGGGGAGCUUGCCCUGGUCACUAACAAACCAAGAGCAGCGUCUGCACACGCCAUUGGGACUGUCAAAUGUUUAGCCAUGGAUGUGCAAGCAUUUGAAAGGCUUUUGGGACCUUGCAUGGAAAUAAUGAAAAGGAACAUCGCCACCUAUGAAGAACAAUUAGUUGCACUGUUUGGAACAAACAUGGAUAUUGUUGAGCCCACUGCAUGAAGCAAAAGUAGAGAGCAGAAAGAGCAUUAGUGAAACAGUUAUGCCCUAGUGGUUAGUCCACUGAGAAUGUGUUUGUGUAGAUGCCAAGCAUUUUCUGUGAUUUCAGGUUUUUCCUUUUUUAAACAAAAAACAUUUACAUUGUAUCAGUAAACAGUAGUGAUUUAAUAGUCAAUAGGCUUUAACAUCACUUUCUACUGGGUACUUCAUUAAAAAAAAUCAACAUAUUCAUAAAAAUUACUUUCUAUUCCAUAAAAUUAUUUGACUGAAAGAUUUAUUCAAAUGGUUAUAAUAUAUUGAAAGCAUACAUGUUUAAGAAGAUAAUUAAAAGAUGUAAUCAUAGACCAAGCGAUGUGUUUGAAUUAUUCAAAUACCAAGUUAGUGACUGUCCCAUUUAAGGGGGAAGUUGGUAGUGACUCAUGCAAUCUAGCAUGGCAUCACAUUCUUUCUAUAAUUCAUCAAACAGUAAAAUGUCAGUCAUUCCAUUGUCUGGCUUGAUAAGUUGUGUCUUGGCCUAUUGGUGAAAUGGUAUGAAACAUCAUAUGCAAUUUAAAAAUUUUUUAUAUUUUUGCAAUAAAGUACAUUUCGACUUCUUUGACAAAUGUCAGUAAGUAGCCUAUGUAAUUGAGUGGCUUUUGAGGCUUGGCAACUUGGUCAUUAUAAUUGGGCAGAGAGUCUUUUGAGAUGAAAGCAUAAAUGCAUUUUUCUGUCAUCUUAUUUUUCCCCUCAAGACAAGGUUUCGCUAUGUAACCCUGGCUCUCCUGGAACUCACCCU